AUGGUUCCUCUGUACGAGGACAACCAGGAGGACAUUUGUCCCAUCUGCCUGGAUCCCCUGAAGAAGGCUGUGAGCACGGACUGCAGACACCUCUUCUGCCGAACUUGUCUGACCCAGCACAUGGAUAAGGCCUCUGGCUCUGGGGUCUUCAGCUGCCCAGUCUGCAGGAAGCCCUGUUCUGUGGGGGUCCUUGGAGAAGGUUACAUCUGCUUCAGCCACCAGAAGAGGGUGUGCAGAUUCUGUGAGGCAAGCAGACAUCUCCUAUGUGUGGAAUGCCUCAAGUCCCCUGAACACCAGUCUCACACUGAGCUCUCCAUUGAAAAUGCCAUCAGCCACUACAAGGAAAGACUCAACCGUAGAAGCAGGAAGCUCAGAAAGGACCUGGGGGACCUUCAACGGCUUAAGGCUCAGGAAGAGGAGAUGCUGCAGGCUGUGCAGGAGGAUUGGGGGAGUCACGAGCUGAGAACUGAGCUGCCGAACCAAGACCAAACCAACAAACAGCUGAAGGCCUUACCUCAGAAUUGGCUGGACCAACAAAAGGACCUACCAGCGGAGGUGGCCAAGAUCUUUAACAUCUCUGAAGCAGUAACACAGCUCAGCAUCCUGGCUUCUGACCUGGAAAGGAUGGCCAAGGAACUGGAUGCCAGCACUCUGAAGGAUGUCAGUGACUUACUGGACAGGAGUGCACCACAGAAAUUAGAAGGACUCCUCUCUCACCUUCCUCCAGCCAAUCCAAACCCCAAUUAG